AUGAAUCUCAGCAUCAUCACCACCAUCUUGGUGAUCUUUGUAUCAGUUAAUCAAUCUUUUGGUGCCAUGAUCAAUAACAUCAAGAACGAAAAAGAAAUCAUGUCAGUUCAAGAUGAGUUAGCCAAACCCAUUGAUGACACCAUACUCAACGCUAUGGAGAAAAAAUGUCACUGGUGUGACAAUUCUACUGGCACAUGCUUGUGUGGACCCCCUCCUUGGCCUUAA